GAAGAAGAAGAAGAAGAGGCGAACGCGGAAGAGACUGUCAAACACGGUGAGCACGUCUAACGUGUGCUUUAGGUGAGGCUGGACAGGGCGUCGUCUAGAAAGUUCGAGAGAGAUUCAGCUCUGAAGGAGGAGCGGGUGCGCGUGUGAGCAGUUUGUCCACCGAAGAGAAACAUAUCCGGCUUUAAAAUGUCUGUUAUUCCGGAGGGAAAUGUGCGAGGCGAGAGCCUCUUCAAGGAUAUUAGCGCCGACGGAGAGGACUGGCAGCCGACUGAGAUCGAGAGUCUGUGUAUGAACUGCUACCAGAACGGUAUGACACGUUUACUUCUGACCAAAAUACCCUUCUUCAAAGAAAUCAUCGUGAGCUCCUUCAGCUGUGCCAACUGCGGCUGGUCCAACACUGAGAUCCAGUCUGCGGGCCGGAUCCAGGACCAGGGGGUCUGUUACACUCUGAAAGUCAAAACAAAACAAGACUUGAACAGAGAGGUUGUGAAAGCAGACAGUGCGACUACCAGGAUCCCAGAGCUGGAUUUUGAAAUCCCUCCAUACACCCAGAAAGGUGCUCUCUCCACCGUGGAGGGCCUGUUAGACCGAGCAGUCGCAGGGCUGGAGCAGGACCAACCUGCCAGGCGGGCAGCAGACCCACAGGUGGCUGACAAGAUAGAGGAGUUCAUCCAGAAGCUGAAGAAGUUAAAAGAGGUGGAAAAUGAAUUCACUCUGGUGAUCGAGGAUCCAUCUGGCAACAGCUUUGUGGAAAACCCAUCUGCCCCUCAGAAGGACGAGGCUCUCACUGUGUCCAUGUUCAAGCGGACGGUCCAGCAGGACAUCAAGCUGGGGCUGAGGGCUGAUGAUGACCUUGAAGAGGAACCGGCUGGCAACGACAAAGAGGACCUGAGAGAUGAGGUUCUGUCCUUCAACACCAACUGUCCCGAAUGCAAUGCGCCGGCCUCCACCAACAUGAAGCUCGUCCAGAUCCCUCACUUCAAGGAGGUCAUCAUCAUGGCCACCAACUGCGACAGCUGUGGCCACCGGACCAACGAGGUGAAGUCAGGUGGAGCCACGGAGGAGAAGGGCACCAAAAUCACCCUGCACAUCACCGACCCUUCAGACAUGACGCGGGACGUGCUGAAGUCCGAGACGUGCGCCGUCCUCAUCCCUGAGCUGAACUUUGAGCUGGGGAUGGCUGCUGUGGGUGGGAAGUUCACUACUCUGGAGGGUCUGCUGAAAGACAUCAAAGACCUGAUCGUCUCCAAAAACCCCUUCAUCUGCGGCGACAGCGGCACAUCAGAUCGGGUGGAGAAGCUGAAGGCGUUUGGGGAGAACAUCGACAAGAUUAUAGCUGGGGAGUUGGAUGUCCACUUCGUCCUGGACGACCCGGCAGGGAACAGCUAUUUGCAGAAUGUCUACGCUCCGGAUCCUGAUCCUGAGAUGACCACUGAGAAGUACACCCGCACGUUCCAGCAGAAUGAAGAUCUCGGCCUGAACGACAUGAAGACUGAGGGGUAUCUGGAGGAACAGUGACCUGCCAGCGUCCCCUGAGAGGACUGAACGGGCUGACAAUGGACUAAUGUCAUGUCAAAAACCCAGUUUCAUUAUAUCGCUCCAUAUUUUCUUCCAUUUUCAUAUAUUUUUAUUUCAACACUGGGUGAAGGGUUGUUUUCAUCAGUAUAUUAAUCAGGGAGAGGAGCUCUAAGUUGUCUAAACGUACAGGGAAAUUAAACAGACAAACAUUAUUUGUAAAACACGUUGAUGUUGCAGUUAUUAAAGACGAAAUCCUUUAACUAGUCAUUUCUUGCAUUCUUGUGACAUUCCAGAAGAUGGCGCUCUGUUAUCUCUGAUUCAACAUUAUAAUUUUUUUGCCUCUCAGAGGACCACGCACUGCGAGACAAAUUAAUCUCUUUAUACACCUGUAAGCAUGACAUCAUCUAAAUAAAUUGUUUUCUAAAUUGAUAGUUUAGCUCUGAUCUUUGAAUUGGCAGAUGUAAUUUUCUGCACUAAUCUGUGAAAUUACUCCAAGGAACAGCCAGAAUUUAUACUGUACUAUAAACACAAGCUGAUUGAUUUAGAUUCUUCUCAAGUCUGGGUGCUUUUUUGUUUCUAGAGAUUUGAAUGACAGUUUCUGCAGGAUCAUCUAAGAAGGGAUUUUCCUAAAGAUGAAUUUACCUGAUGUUUUAAUGGAAGUCUUAACUUAAACCAGUCUACUAGUCUGAAAGUAAGAGAACAGUCAAAACUGAGCACAGUUUAAUCUGUAAGGUGAAACAUUGUCUGGGAAAAUUUUGCACUGUGCAUUAUGAACAUUCCACAUUAACGACUAACAUUUGUGGUGCUGACCAGCGAGGGUUGCAGUGUUUGAUCAACUAAUUGUGCACAUCUCUACAUCUUAGUAUAAAUGUAUAUAUUUGGGCUACAUAUUUACUUUAUCAGUUAAUCAAUUAAUCAUUUUAUUGUUUGAAAAUAAUGAAAAAUGCCAAAAAUAUUUUCCACAGCCCAAGGCAGCAUUUCCAACUUCCUAUCUUUAUCAAUCUAAAAUUCAGAGAGAUUCUGUUGAUGACAAAGAGAAGCAGCAAAUCUUGUCAGGAGAGGUCAGAACCAGAGGAUGCUUUUAUCUUGGAAAACUAUAUUUUACUGAAAUAAUUGACUAUCGGAAUAGCUGCCGACUAAUUAUCUCUCAAAUAAUUAAUUAACUAUACCAGUAAUUUUUUAACAUUUUCGUUAAGGACCUGUAAAUUGAGUCACAUAAAGUCACAGACCUACAUUUCAAAUUAAGAUCAGGGGUCUCAUUUAUAAAACAAUGCGUAGCAUCCAUACUGAAAACAUAUGUACAGACAAAAGCCAAAAAUGCCAGGUGCCAAAAAGUACUCGACAAUUUCUACAAUCAGGCUUUCACCUCACCAUUUGCUUCGCCAAUUUCCUGUCUCCAAAAUGUUUGUUAGCAUGGGUCAAAGUUUCUCCCAUCAAGUCUGUUUUCAUAGAUCACAACUUUUGUGUGGGAAGUAUAAUACGCCUCUUUCAGGCCUCGUUUUGUGUGCACGCCAUGUUUAUAAAUGAGACCCCAGAAUUCUACAAUUGUAAUCUACAGUUUGGGACAGAGGUAGACAACCGGACCCUCUCAAUUGGCUCCCUGUGGCUCUGACAUAAACAUCCAGAUUUUCAUUUGUCAUAAUCCUUGUGUGGUUUUUGCAUUCUACAGCUGUGAAAAUGUGUAGCCUGUACACUGAAUUAAAAAAUGUUUUAACGUUU